UUAGCACAGUCACUUCUUUUCUGACAUAGCUUGAAUAGGAACGUGAGCUGCUCUGUUCAACAACAGUUCUAAACUGAUUAUGAGAACCAGAUGGAUAGCUGCUGCUAUGCAAACAGGAUACAGCUCUUCUACAUUCCGAAAAUCUUAACUGUUGUUUGAACUUUAUUCUCUCAAUGAUUGCAUAAAGAUCCUAUAUCAACCUGAGAAAAUGUUCCAAAUCCUGACAAUGCUGUUGCUGGAAACGCAGCUCUGUGUGGUUUCAGCUUUAUUCACAGUUGAAGUUCCUCAGCAGCUAUAUGUUGAGGAGUACGGGAGCAAUGUGACCAUGGAAUGUAGAUUCCCUGUGAACGGCUCAUUGAACCUGGGACUCCUGAGUGUUGUCUGGGAGCAGAAGAGGCAAGGUCAGCUGGAAUCAAGAGAUGUGUACACACUCCGCAAUGGGAAAGCACUUCUUUCAUCCCAGCAUCAUGAUUACAUGGGAAGAGCAGCACUGUUACACAACGAAUUGAAAUCAGGACGAGCAAUCCUUCAAAUUACAAGCAUCAAGAUCACAGAUGCGGGAUCCUAUCUUUGUCUCAUUGACUACCAAGGUGCUGACUACAAGUACAUUACUUUGGAAGUAAAAGCAUCCUACAAGAUAAUAAACACACAGAAAACAAGAAAAUGGAAUGGAGACAAGUUUGCUUUUAUAUGCCAGUCAGAAGGCUUUCCACUGGCAGAGGUAUUCUGGCAAAACGAAAAGAACUUCAGUCUCAGCGGGUCUGCAAAUACUACCUACACGCUGACUGCAGAUGGCCUCUACAAUGUCACCAGCAUCCUGAUAAUCAACCAAAACAUGAAUGAGAAUUACAGCUGCAUAUUCUGGAAUAAAGAACUGAAUGAAAAUACUUCAGCUUACAUUUACUCUUUAGCUUUAAUGAGUACACAGUAUGGUGGACAAAAGUCCCUGAUCUUAUUUAUCGUCGCCACAUGUGUGAUAGUACUGGUCCUUCUCCCUGCAUUAAUAAUCUUUCAAAAGAGAAAAUUGUUCAAGAAUUUCCGUGCUAAAAAAGACAGGAAAGGAAAAUUGGGCCCUACUGUGACAGAUGAGAACAGAGGCUACUGUAAAUCUCAAACAGAGACUCCAUACUUGUCAACUGUCAUAUAUUCUGGAGAAAGCAAGAAUGUGAAUCUGUGAAAAUUCAUGAUCUCUCAUGCAGCAAUUUGCACUUUUUUAUCUGUUUUUGAGGACUUCAGAGAAAAGCUACCACACCAAUUUCAGAUGAACAGAUGAACUCAUGUGGAUUUGUUGGCACUAAAGCAAUGGACAGCUAUGCAUCUUCAGAUACAGUAUCUUGAAGUUACAAAGAAUUAUGCUGUCAUUCAGUGUGGUUUGCCACUGGGAGAAGGUUUUCUCCAGUUCUUUUGAUUCACUUUAUUCUAGAACUUACUGUGGCUUAAUGAAAUGUAGUUCAGUGAGUACUUUUAUUAAGUGGUACGGUCUUGAGAAUGUUGCUUGGAUUCAAAUAUCUUGAGGGAAUUUGAAUAAAAGCUACAUAUGCUGCCCUAUAUCUAAACAUCUUUCACAUGGAGAGUGUUACAUGCUGGUAUCUCAUUUCCAAACUUUUCAACACAUUAAACUGGAAAUUACCACAAGUACCCAGCAGUAUUUCACAAAACUAAUGAGAGAUCAAAAUACAGCCAAAACUAAAACCAAAACCAACCAAAUAACAAAAAAACACAGUAAAUCAGCGCUAUAUCAAAGAAGAAAAUAUUAAUGCACAGUCUCUGUAUAGGUAAGCCAGAUGAAAAUCUAUGAACUGUGAUGCUGCAGCAACAUAAAAUAGGGAAUUUUUUUCAUUUGAGAUUAUUACUCAACAUAAUUUUUGGGGAGAGGAAUGUAGAAGCAAAAGUGAAAAUGUUUUUCAGCCAGAUUUAUCAGAUUAUCUUUAAAUGGUAAUUUUAACUUAUUUUCAGAGGAAGAUAUGAAUUUUCUAUAUUCCAAGCACAUAAUUGUUUACUUCCCAUUAUAGUAAUGCCUAAAAACACUUUACUUAACUUUGAAUAUCCUGCAUGUUGGUCACAGUUUCCACAGUGCCAGUUCUGAAAAACUGCACAGCAGGAAACAAUGUUUUGCUUCUUAUAUAGUCAUCAAACAGUGAAUCACAGGCACAGAGUUGGAUUUGGCAUAUUAUUUUCAAAGAGCACUGGCUCUGGUGAAUUGUCUUUUCUCCAAAGACAGAUAGAUACAGAAUCACGAAUCAGAGAAUGACUAGGAUUGCAAGUGACCUUAAAGAUAAUAUAGUUCCAAAUUCCUGCAUUAAUAGCCUCUACUAGAUCAGGCUGCCCGGAGUCUCAACAAACAUUGAAUACCUCCACAACUUCUCUGGGCAGCUUGUUCUAGUGCCUCACCACCAUCUGAGUGAAAAAUUUCCUCCCACUAGCUAAUCUACGAUUCCCCUGGACACAGAGCUGUUGGCCUCAAUCCUCUGUUUGUUACCAUCUCACCAGUUAUUUUUCCAUCAAACAGUCCACCCUUCAAAUCCAUAUCUCUCCAGUUUAGAGAUAAGGGUGUGGUGUGGGAAAUAUAACAAGACAGUAACAUCACAUAUAACACAUUAUAUACUAUAUACCAGAUAAUAACAUAACAAGAUUAAAAAGAAGUGCUUACGUGGAAAGUAUUUCUGACAUUAUUCUGAUCUUUGAAGAGCACUGUCUGCUUCACCAAAAAAACACUGUACCAGUAAAAUUAAGAUUUUUUUCAAAUUUCUUUAGAUAUAGACAGAAGCUGUUUCUCCAAUGACACUUGCAGCUAUUCGCAUUGGCACACAGCUGACCUACUGCUGCAAAGGAUCUGAAAGCAUUUAUUUCCUCUCCAUGAUAGUUGAUCUUAAAAAAGGAGGACUGAUGUUGAUUUUACUUGGGAAAAAGGAAAAAAGUAUCUCCUUAUCAUCACCUCAGCUUGGAUAUCUGGGAUAUCUGUGUAUUGUACCUUUAAAUACUCGAUUGUCACCAUUGGAUUCAGCUGAGCAGAACGCACACAAGGCUUGCCACGUCUUUGCUGAUAUGGGAAAUCGGAUAGAUGUCAGAGAAUCAGAGGCAGCUUCUCAAAGUAGUGCUUAGCUUGCAAUGUAUAGCAGCUUGGGAACUGCCUAACUUGCAGUAUUUAGCAAUAGUUAAGGGUCAGUGCAUACAGUAAAGAGAUUUUUCCCCAUGACAGAUUUGUACUCCACUGGGAAUCACAAGACCCUUCUGUUAGUCACUGUGAAAACUCUAGCCCCCGUAAAGACUUUGUUUUUGGGUUUUUUUUUUCCAGUUCUUUUCUCAUAUUCAUAAAAUAGAAGUAAUUUAAGCUGAAUUUAUGUAGAUGAACAUAAAGCAUAUGCCACAGACUUUGGAAUUUGAUUACUGAUUAUAAUUCCUUACUGAAUGAAAGUCAUCCUGUUACUACAUUACUCUUCUAAGUAAAUUUUGCCUUGAUGUGGGUAGGGACUAUUGCACAUGGGCAGCACUUCUUGCAUGUUUUACAGGCGUAACAAACACUCCUUGGUUUUACUUUUCAUAGGAACCAAUUACUUAUACACUGGCAUUCCUAGGUAGAGACAGUACAGCUUUGUACUACAAUUCUGUGUCCUAUCCACUCCAUUUCAUAUGGAAGGAGUAGUUUUACUACUUAUUUUUAAGACCCAUAAAAAUAUCCAAAAAUG